AUGAAACCAAAGGAUGGAGCGGUUGUGUGCGGGAUUUGGAGUGUUGUUUUCUCGAUCGCUCAGCUCGGAAUUAUGGGUUGGCAGAUGGCUGCAAUUAAGUAUGAAAAGGACAGAGCUGCGAACACUUUGUUGCCCAAUUAUAACACCUAUGGACGAUAUGAUAUCCCUUCGUAUUAUGAGAGUUAUUGGCAAUCGCCUGAAGAGCGAUAUUACAUAGGACUUUUCAUCAUCCAAAUUCUCUGCUUGAUCUCGGCUUUCUUUUUGCUCUUCGCAGGCGUGGCUCUCAUUUACGGGGUGCAUACGUGGUCUCGUUAUCUGAUAAUGCCUUGGUUUGUUUGCAUGAUCGCCUCGAUUCUCAGCUCGUUGGCAUAUUGUAUUAUGUGGUGGGCUGGAGAUGUUCGAGACUAUUGGUUGGCGCUCACAAUCCUUGAGAUCAUUGGAGUUUUUAUCAAUAUCUUUUGCACGGUCGUUGUUUCAACUUUCUACACGCGUGUGAAAGCGGAAUGGGAUUACUAUGAAAAAAAGAAUAACUAUCGCCCAGGCACUCGAAGCCACGCAAGUCGACGCGAUCUCUUGGAACGUUUUGAUUAUCCUUCGUCGGAGCCAGAACGUUUCGUCGCUCGUCCAUUCCCCAAUCAACAAAAUCCAUUACCUCCGUAUUCUCCUUAUCCAUCAGCAUAUCCAGCGUAUCCACCACAACCACAAUAUCCUCGUCCAUCUCCACCUCAACCACCCCCACAACCCAUCAGAAAAGCUCCGUAUCCAGAAGAUCCAAAUACGGUUUAUUAUGUCCGUGAGCCUGGGUCACGAGUUGGCGGAGGAGCGGUACCAAACAUUUUCAAGUCCGAUGAUGAUGAGGAUCUGGUGUCAAGUUGGGUGAAAGAUCAACAAAGACGAAGCCAACAUGGAAGUAAAGCUGAUUCCGAGCCACCAUAUCUCGAGGAUCGACGGCGUCCCUUGAAGCCGUCAAGAUCGAUGCCAUCGUUAUUUGAGGAGUCUGCAAGCUGCCAUCGCGAUCAUCGCUAUCGAAGUUCAUCUCGGCAUCGACGAGAUCGAUACAAAGAUCGUGAUCGUGAUAGGGAUCGUGAUAGGGAUCGAAACAGAGAUCAUAAAGACAAGAGGCAUCGAUCACACAGAGAUGGACGAGAUCAUUCUCGACGAUCUUAUCGAAGAGGAAGAAGUCGAUCAGUAGCCGAUUCGCGAGGUUAUGGUAGUGAAAGUGAAGAGACAUCAACAGAUUACACCAAAUGUCGGCAUGGAGAUCGGAAACGUCACCGCAGCAAGAGUCGACAUUACGAAAGUGACUCGGAGACGAGCGGUUCACCGAUGAAACCCGUUUCUGAUCGAAAAGGUCACAGAAGCAGCGACGAUCAAAAAAAAUCGAGUGGUCAAGUAAACUUGCCGCUUUCUGGUGGGCUCACCAUUCCACAGCAUAUCGUCAUCCCACCACAGCAUCACCUUGAACGCGGACCCGAUGGCACCAUUCAACCACAAACGUUUAACAUCAAUUCCGAGAUUGUCAUCAAAUAUGACAAGGAUGAGAGUGAGGUGGCCUUCUCGGAACGGGAUCGACGAACUGGCCGAUCGACUCUCUCUCAUUUAGCUACCGAGCCCCGUAGGAUUCAGCCCGUCUCGAUGCAAUCAAACGUU